AUGAUGAUGGGCUGGGCACGCUUGGUGCCAUGCCUGCUUCAGCUUGUGCUUGCUUGCAUGGACAACACGAGCUGCUUUGAUGCUUGCAUCCCACAUGGCACGCAUGAGACGUGCCAUGGCAUAUUUUGCGACCAGAUGUGGGACAGCUGCCACUGUCAUGGGGCAAGGCGAACAGACGGUGCUUGCGAUGUGGCAUUGAGCACUCCAUGUACUGCAACGCAUGACGUUUUACUGAAUGCAGCCACCAUGGCCACAGCAGAGCUGAAUGCCGAGCAUCUCGCUGCAGGAACCUCAAGGGCCUUAGAUGCAGUGAUUCACGUGGCCACCGCAGCGGCAUUACAGGAAGAACGCCAGGCUGUUGGCGUUCACAACGUUCGGAUCAUUACGGAUGCGCCAGGCCUUGCAGAUCAUGGAAGUGAAGGCGCGAACUUGCUCCAUUUUGACAUCGCCUUUGGGCUUUGUGCUCCACAAGCAGCCUUGGAGGCUGCUGAAAGCGAAAAGAGACAAUUUGAGCGGGUGCUGGGGCAAGUUGCCGCGCAGCGUUACGAGGCCUUCAAAAUCUCGACAAUUCGGUUGCUGGAAUUGGAGCCGCGCUUUCAAACUGAAGCAUCAUCUACCAGCCAGUACCAGGUUGCUCCACUUCCCCAAGAGGAGGAGCCACCUGACCUGUGGGCUGAGAUUUGGUGGUUACCAUGGCUUGGCUGCAUCAUGGUACUACUCGCAGGUGUUUGCACAUUCUUUUUCUUCAGAAUGAGGCGUCGGCAUUUGGCAGAGUGCAACUUUGAUGGUGCUGUGUCGUCAAGGCAAGUUGAUGCUGAAUCUCCCGAGUGGAAGUGGAAAAGUUAUGUUGUUCGUGUCGCUUGUUCAUUCGAUGGCCGCGAGCUGAAGGGCACUGCGCUGGACUUGCUGGAAGGAGAUUUGGUUCAGGUGGAAGCAGAAGUUGAUAAUGCUUGGCUUUAUGGACACACUGCCAGGGACUUUGACCUUGUGGGCUUUAUUCCAAAGAGUUAUGUGGAAGAGCUAGGCACCGGUCUUGGUGCAAAACCGCUGCCGCCACAGCCAAUUUCACCACCGUUGGUACCUCCGCCGAAAGGGCUGCUGGUGACACUUCCCAGCAAGCAGGUUGGCUUUAUGGCCGCCAUGUUGGAAGUUCUGCCACAAGCUGGUUUCCUGAAAAUUCCCUUGUUGAGGCGCCAGCAAGUGGACCAAGUGGUCCACGCUAUGCCGCUCAUGGCACCGCUUCCUGGACGUGCGGAGACCGUGCAGGUCUCCUGGUCUGUUUGCUUGAUGGGAAUUGAAUACCAGAAGAGGUGCAUCGUGGGGUUGGUGAAAGAAGUGGAGGGCACUGCAAAGCUGGCAAUCAGCUUGAAAAAUCAAGCCUGCUGCACUCUUGAGCCCAAGAGUCCCAAGAGUGACUUUGCCAUCACGCUGUUGCCGGCCAUGAAGGCACAGCGGGUGGAGAAGCCGCGGGACGAGGGAGCCAACGUCAGUUUUCAGAUGUCAGACGAACUGGUGGACGUGCGCCGUCACACCAAGAAGAAAGGUCUUCAGCCCUACUUGAAGGAGAACAACAUCAGCUUCUCAGCAACAGACACGGUGGCAUCUCUAGUGACCAAGGCUCAACGACUGGCCCAACGGCUGGGAGAAGGCCAAAAGCGGCGGCGAAGCUUUACGAAGAAGCGCGCAUUUCGUCUGCGCGCAGACAAUGCUGGGCUCGACCACACCUGGCCGCUUCCAGAGAUCAGGAAAGAAGUUGGAAUGGAGAAGGACACGCCCAUGCUGUUGACGAAGAUGUUGGUGAAGGGCGCGGAGAAGCGGAGUGACAUGGAAACACAUUCUUUGCGGAAAGGCUUGGAAGACAGCGAGGCCAGCUACGAGGAUUAUGUCGAGAUUUCCAACAUUGAAUCGGAGGGGCACAAGGGCCAAGGCACCAUCGACUCCAACAUCCGGUGUGACAAGAGCUACGGAAAGGUGAGUGAGAAUUGUGACUCCGAAAGUAAAUUGAUGCAGGCUUCAGAGUUAUUUGGCCACAAUGUGAAGGAAGCAAUGGCUGACGUGGAGAAGUACUUGCGGGAAUUUGACUUGGAUUCAGCAGAUGAAGCAAUGUCAACAUGGUUGAAUCGUCUCAACCCUCCUGCCCAGCAAGAACUUAAAGGAAGCACGACUUAUAGAAAGUUGCAGCGGAGCUUGGGCCAAUAUGAUUUGGCCAAGGAGAUGAUCCUGAGUGAAGGCUUUGAAGUCCUUUGGCAGCAGGACUCAUACAGGAUGGAAAUCAAAAGAGAUCCACUUCACCGAGUCUUUGAGUACAGAUUGGUAAUGGAGCUGGACCAGCCUUUGGACGAGGUCUUGUCUCAUUUUGAGGAGCAGGAUCUGGUGCACAAGGUACAAAAGCAGCUCAGCAAGCCUGUAGAGACGUAUGGAGACAUCAACCCAUGGCAGAAGGCACGGGCGCUCUGUGCUUGA